GGGUUGGAGCAUGCGCAGUGUUAGUUCGGUGAAGGGCAUCGGUACGGAUGUGACAUUCGCGGAGCGUGAUUCCGAUGCAGCGGCGUUCGCGUCAUAAAAGCCGUUCACCGCCGCACGUUUCACUUAUUUCCCUCUGUUUCUUCACACGUCCAGAGGUGCAGGACGGAAAACAAAAUUCAGACAUCCUGAGGUUUCCUCGGUUAUGGUAUUUUGCUGAUAAUCGAAUGCUGGUGAGGAUCUUACACAGCCUGUCCUGAAUGGCCGUGUGCAGAGGUGGUGUCUCGUUCUGGGUAGGCUGCAUCAAGAGCCGUGGCUGCCGAGCGCUGCUAAAGAAGCAGAACUUAAAAGUAUGGCAGGUGCCGUUAAAUGCACCCCGUAGAUCUCUGAGCAGCGGAGCAUGGGCCUUGGCUCCUCCAAACAAUCUACACUAUCAGUCCGUACCCAAACCGUGUCCGCCUAACCCCUUCCAUCAUGUGUCCCAGCCGAGACGAGACCACUGGAAGGAGACCCUUAACAUGUAUGUCCUGCUCAAAUCCCGGGAAGCAGUUGAUCAGCAUACACUGGUGGAGCUUCCUGUGUUUGGCCAAGUCAAGCUAAGCGAGCUUGUGGCCUCGGGAGCGAACCGGCCCGCUGAUUUCUCUUUCCCUUUAACCACGGUGGAUGGAAGACGAGAAGAUGAUAUUAGCGUUAUCGGAAAAUCAAGGACCGAACCCAAACCGGAUCUGGAGCAGAGCUCGUUUCGGAGUUUGUUCAAGGCCGAAGGAUGCCCCGCGCCGUUCACGUCGGGAUCACCCUUCUAUUGCUUUCACUGUCCCAGGACGGAGCCGACGCCCGAGGCUGAGGAUAAGCUCCGGGUCGGACACGUUUUUUUCCCACGUCCUGUUCUGCGCAGUUACGCAGAGACCGAAAGCACGGAAAGAGCUUCCAGCAAGAAGGACAAUGAGAACGAGGAGAAACUGGCGCUCAUGUACGAAAGGCUUAGGAUCGAGCUGCCCAGGUUUUUCCUGAAGAAUCACGACUACAGCAUGUAUUCUAACGACGUGGAGUUCAUCAACGACCUCCUCAAGACGAAAACCAGAGGCCGUGUCGCGUAUCAGCUGAUGACGCUGUGGCGACUCCUUUGCCUGUGCUAUUACGCAGAUGCGCGGCUGGAGGUCCUGAAGCUGACCAAGCACCCCGAGGACGGCUCCAUCAAAGCUCGCUGGAGGGUCAAGGGGUUGCCUUUUCACACGCUUCUCUUCCGUUUCUACAAGAAAGAUAAAAGCCAGUUCUACAGGACCUUCGAUGCGUUCUCUACCUUCUAUCUGGGAUCUGAUGGACUCAUACACCGUCAUAAAGUCCAAAAGGUCAUGGAGGCUCAACCGCCCGUCCUGAACAAACUGCCGUCGCUGCUAGCUGGAGCUCUGGUGGCCCUGGGGCUUCAAGAGGACCGACCAGCUCUGAAUCUUCUCCCAAUGCUCCUCUCCUCCUUCAGACAGGCUCAAGAUUAACGAACGCUUAACGCACGUUGUCGAGAAAGAGAGAGAGAGAGAGAGAGAGAGAGACCGGCGCAUUUCUCUACGCCCAAGGACUAGAAUCCGUUCUCCUAGAGCCGAGCGAUCGAUGCGUGAGAGAUGUUCCUAACGACCAAGAAGAAGAGCGGAAUAGGGGACCCUAAAACACACACGGUCCUCGUGUCCAGUCGGAUAUUAAGCAACACUGUAUCACACGACAUCCCAGAAAGCUUUGUAAAUUCAAUCGCUCCACUCCAGGAUUUACUGUACUGCUUACGAUCUGUACUGGAAUAAGAAGUCAUUCAUUUUACAAAAUAGUCCUGAUUCAGUGAAAAAAAUUGAAACAAAUGACACACACCUUGGCUGUGUCCUGAAUGCUGUUUACCCCUUAGGAAUAUAACCCUAAAAAAAAAAAAAAAAGUACAGCUCUACAUGUAGGUUUACGUCAGUUUUUUGUGCGCCUGCCUGUUUCUGAGGAACUGGUCUGGUUGGCGGUAAGACAGAGGAGCAGUUUUACCUUAAAUGCCCUCGUGAUGUUCCACAGAGCGAGAUUGGAUUUACCAAAAUAGCGUUUGAUUUAACAUAAAGCACAGACCAGCGCAUGGGUUCAGCCAGUCAGCCGUAAUACAAGUGGAAUUUUUUUGUGUUUUGAUGUAUGGAAGGAGUCUCCAGUGUGAGAACAGAGGAACGUGGUAGAGUGCAGUCUUUCUGGAAUAUAAGGAAUGGCAGUAGGGUUUCACAGGAUGCACUUUGUCGCAUAAAACUUUCUGGCUCUAUUAUUAAUAAUGUAAAUUGAUCACCGAUCAGGCAUAACAUAAAAAAUAACACAUCUUUUCAUCAUGGCACCUGUUAGUGCGUGGGUAUAUUUAUCAGGCAGCAAGUCAACAUUUCUUCCUCAAAGUCGACGUGUUUAAAGCAGGAAAAAUGGGCGGAAUACGGAUUCAAGCGACCAAAUGGGACGGCUAGACAUCUGGGUCAGAGCAUCUCCAAAACUGCAGCUCUUCUCUGCAGGGGGUCAGUAUCUUAUCAAAAGUGGUCCAAGAAAGGAACAGCGGUGAUCCGGCAAUUGAAGAAGGUUAUGCUGUUGAUGCUCGACGGGUCAGAACUGUUUCGGCACCAAAAGGGGGGGGACCGACGCAGUAUUAUGCAGGUGGUCAUAAUGUUAUGCCUGAUCAGUGUACAAGUAUUUAAAUUAGACACCGUAUUCCAUAUAUUCACAUAAUAACCCUUGUGUGUCUACACACGUGCUGCUUCGUAGCCUCGAUCCUCAAUGAAGUAACCAAGACAACACUGUAGUACUGAAGUUUUCAUAAGAACUCGCCACACAAUCUGUUCCUCUGUCGGAACGCAUUCCUGAGACGCCGUCUUGUCCAUGCAUGUCUGUCAGCCGAUUUUGGAUCCGGAAACGCAAAUCGGUGCGAGAAAAGGAGCACAGGGUGCGAUUCUGAAUGAAACACAGCCAGGGCUUGUAUGGAUUGAUGCCAGUGAGACACUCCAGAUCGUUUCCCAGCCUGUCAUGAAAAGAACCAAAAGUUUGUGUUUGUGCAUCACACCCAUAGGCGCUUCAUCGUCAAACAUAAUCCUUACGAGACGGAAUCCUCGCUUAUUUAUUUGCUGUCCGUAACCCAAAUUCUGGUCUGAAAAUGUAAUAAAAGCGUACAGACACUGUUUAA